AUGAACCCAACAGUCGAGGACGACCGCCAUGAACCACCAGAGGCACGCGACUCGUCCAAUCGCGCCCCAAUGGCCUGGGCAGAGCUGUUCUCCCGACAUGAGACCAUGCUCUCCUCGCAUCUCGAACUACUCAACUCGGUCAAAGAACACAUGACCGGGGACGGCAACGGAUCCCGCACAGUGUCGUCAAUGGUGCAAAAGACGGUGCAGGCGAUGAAUCAGUUGAAAUUGGUGCGAAAGAAAAUGGGCAGCCACAAGACAACCCUAGAUGACGACCACUCCACUGCCGCGUCGCAAACAAGCUCCAUGAACGGCGCACAUCGCUCUCACACCCACACACCCACUCCGUACUCUACAGAUGCCGUGAACACGGCCCGGAGGAAACGAUCCCGGAAUGAGAAGGAAGGAGGGAACGAGACAGAGACGGAUUUUGGGACCCCUCCAACCGACAAGAACCAGACUUACGAAGAUGCCGACCCCCGAGCCCCAAAACGAAAGCGGAGCUCCUACUCCGCGGUGUCUGGUGCCGACGAUGAUCCGCGCGACGCGACUGAAACAUCACUAGAAACAGAAGACAUCUCUGCUGAGGUCCAGCGGCGUCUACGCAUCAAAGAAGAGCAGCGACGGAAACGGGAACGGGAUAAUGCAAGACCAGAAAAACGCAAACGCACGAGCGGGGCGUCGAACGGAAGUGUAUCGCCUGACAGAUCACGACCGAAGAGGAAGCGCUCGAAGAUGGAAGUCGCAGAAGAUGUGGACGCGGGCUCGGAUCUGAAACGAGGUGCUGACUCGGUAUCGGAGGGCGAGACGAUGGGCAGUUCGAAGAAGCGGAGCAUUGGUUGA